ACGUAGUGGUGUAAAUAAUACAACGCGGGUGAAGUCGGGUGAAGUGUUAUGCCAUAGAAUUUCAGAGAAAUCUAUAAAAACGAUAACGUAUAGCAAAGAAAUAGUAGAGUUAAAUGUUUACAUUCGAAAGAAAUUCUCAAACUAUUUGCUGCAACAGACAUGUAACACUAACUCGUGUAUUAAAUUAUUUGAAAGAGAAAAACUGAAAUGUUAUACGACACCGCUUAACACCAAAGUGUUUCUUAAUACGCAAACUCUACUAUUUUAAAUUAUCGAUUUGUAUACUUGAAUCUUUGCAUCGAAUAACAGACUAAACAUCGCGUAACGAAAGUUACUUUCGACCGUGAAGAAAGAAAUGAAUUUCGUUAAUAAAUCGUGAAUGACAAAUGAAAUUCAUCGGGAAAUUAUGAGCGUGAAAAGCAGACAUCACCAAGUGCAUUUUACUCUGGGACACGCCGUUUUUUGACGUAAACAUACGUCGUGACAUUUCGAGGUUGUUAAAGUUCUACAUACUCUUCAUACUGAUUUAGUUGAUGUUAAGAAUAAAAAAAAAAUGAAUGGAUUCAGUACCGGUGAAGAAGAUUCCAGAGGAGCUGCUGAUCAAAUUUGUUGCCUUGUAGAUGAGGGUGAACGAUGCACUCGGCCAGCUGGCAACGCUUCUUACAGUAAACGUAUUCAAAAAACUGUAACACAGCGGCGAUUAAAACUUAAUCUUGAUCAAGUGGCACGUCAUAUAUACAUUUGUGAUUAUCAUAAACAAGUAAUACAAUGCGCAAGAUCUAAACAACAACAACAGCGUAGGCGUAAGGAUUCAGAAGAAGAUUCAGGCGAAACAGAUAAUGAUCUUCCAGAGGUCGAUCUUUUUCAAUUACAAGUUGGCACAUUAAGGCGGUACAAAAGGCACUACAAAGUUUCUACACGACCAGGCUUAAAUAAAGCUCAGUUAGCUGAUACGCUUAUGAAGCAUUUCAAGACCAUCCCUGUAGUUGAAAAAGAAGCACUAAGCUUUUUCAUUUAUACAGUAAAAACUAAUGCAAAUAAAUUGGAUCAAAAAAAUGGUUUAAGUAAUGAUACUACAUAGCCUAGGCUUCCUUUCAUGAAUUUUGUUAUUGUAAUAAUAUUUUACUAGCGAGAGCAAAAAAUAUGUAUGGAUUUUUACUUGUUAAUAGGCAUAGGUAUUUUAUAAAAUCUAUGUAUAAAAUACACUUAAAAAUAUAUGUAUAACAAGA